AUGUCCGGCACAAUCCCAAUAUUCCUGUCAUGGCUCUGCCUCCUGCUGCUAAAUCCCAUCACUGGCAGCAGGAUUCUGGUAUUACCCGUUGAUGGCAGCCACUGGAUCAACAUGGAGGUGAUCCUCCAAGAGCUGCACUCCAGAGGCCACAACAUCACCGUGCUGCGCUCCGCCAAGAGCUGGUUCAUUCCCAGUAACUCUUCUAUUUAUACAUCUAUUGACGUGAUUAUGAUAGAGGACGAGUCAGACAAGGACUUUGCAAAUAAAAUGCUACAAGAUGUCAUGGAAUGCCGCAGGUCGCAAAGUUUUAUACGGACCUUAUACCAGCAGAAAUUGCUCACUUCUAUGUUGGCAACUGGCCAUAAGUUCCUUGCCAGAGCAGCUGCUUUAAUGUUGGAUGACCCUGUUUUCAUUAAGAAGCUGCAGGAUGCCGAGUUUGACUUGAUGUUGACGGACCCUGCUCUGCCUUUAGGAGUUCUUCUGGGUAGUUACCUCAAGCUACCGAUGGUUUUCAAUGUGCGCUGGAUCAAUAGCGGGGAGGGUCACCUCAUCCUGGCUCCCUCUCCUGUCUCCUACGUGCCUGUGUCAGGAAGUGAACUCCAUGAUAAGAUGGACUUUCAGGAAAGGACCAAGAAUAUGUUGCAUUAUCUCUACAGUGUUGUUGAACAGCACUUCAUUAUUAACCCUCACUACUCCGAUCUGUUCCAGCGGCACUUCCCCCCUGGGACUGACUUGCUGUCGUUGCAGCGUGCCGCUGAUAUCUGGCUGUUGAGGGCGGAUUUUGUCUUCGAGUUCCCUCGACCCACGAUGCCCAAUGUGGUCUACAUAGGUGGGUUCCAGUGCAAAAAGGCCAGACCCCUCUCUGCAGAGCUGGAGGCCUUCAUGCAGAGUUCUGGAGAGCACGGAGUGGUGGUUAUGUCACUAGGCUCCUAUGUGUCAGUCCUGCCUCGCGAAGUCACUGAGGCCAUAGCUGCUGCUUUUGCUCAACUCCCGCAGAAGGUGGUGUGGAAGUUCGCGGGAGAAAAGCCGUCAUCGCUGGGCAACAACACCCGGCUAAUGAAGUGGCUGCCUCAGAAAGAUCUCCUGGGACACCCCAAGACUCGUGCCUUUGUGGCCCACGGAGGCACCAACGGCAUGUAUGAGGCCAUCUGCCACGGUGUUCCUGUCGUGGGCCUGCCGCUCCUCUUUGACCAGUUCGACAACCUACUCCGGCUGAGGGUGCGCGGGGCAGCGCGGGUGGUGGAGGUCAAUUCACUCACCAAAGAAAACUUCCUCGAGGCUCUAAAGGACGUCCUGGAGACCCCCACGUACCUAAACAGAAUCCAGCAUCUCUCCCUGCUACACCACGACCGGCCAGUGUCUCCAAUGGACACCGCCAUCUUUUGGAUUGAGUACGUCAUUAGGAACAAAGGAGCAGCCCAUCUGCAGCCGGCAGGUUUUAGUCUGCCCUGGUACUCCUACUUCUGCCUGGAUGUGGCUGUUUUCAUCAUGGCCGUCAUCGGAGCCCUCGUCUGGGCUACAGUCCUGUUCUUUAAGGUUCUCUGCUGCAGGAGGUUCAGGAGGAAGAUAAAAGGAGAGUGA